AUGGAUGAUAAUAUUUCAGUUACUUUAAUUUUAAAAUUAGUUAAUAGUAUCAAGGAGAAUUUUCAGGACAUUUAUACAGAUGAGAACUCAUUCCACACAAAGAUUGGCCAGACAUUUAAUUCUAAAGAUGGCAAUGCUAAGCCCAAUGAAUUAGAGGAAGUUUCUAAGCUAAGUGAAUUAAUUAAAGCACAUGCUACUAAAUUAGGUAUUGUUUUGUCACCAUCACAAAUCACUAAAAAGGCUGAAGAUGGAAAUAAAGUUUUUAAUGAUAUUAAUCCUCGGGUGGUUAAACCAAUUUUUCAAGAAUUAACUUCAUUGACCAAUUCUGUGUUUUAUUUAUUAAGUGUUUUGCCACUAUUUUAUGAUAAUACUGUUACCACUACUAAUUACAAAAACAAGAAUUACUAUCCGUGUUUUUUUAUUAAUGAUCUAGAUACUAACGUACUAGGAAUAGUUACUUCAUUAUCUAACGUUGCACAAGCUACUAAAAGUAUAAUACUUGCUAACACUACCCUUGAACAAGUCAAAAUGGACGAGUCAGACCAGGUAGCUUUUGGUGAGGAUAAUAGAUUAAUAUGCAUAGGUAAAAUGUGGGCCUCUUGUGAUGAAUUGAAAAAAUUGUGCAAAUUAAAUUCAUUUGGUGUUAUCACAUCUAAGAUCAACACUAUUUCUAUAAAAUUAUUGAAUGAUACAUUAACAGAACUACAAGACUGGCUGGAAGAUCCCCAAUUAUCUAACUCGGAUGAUCCAUUUGAUAUAAAUUAUGAUACUGAUGAUGAUCAAGAGGACGGCGAUUUAGACAAAGAAGAACUGAGUGAAGAAGCUUUAGAAAAUAUGAUUGAGUAUGUUAAACGGUGGAUACAAAAAAUAAAGUUCAUUAAGCUAUUGAUGAGCGGCUUAAAUCAGCAAUUAAAUAGAGUUUCUAAAAAAAAACAAACCAAAAAGCUGGCUGGCGAAUUAGAUCAACUAUAUACCUUGCAAAACAAUGUUAUUGUCCAAACCGAUGAAUUGGUCAGUACUCUGUUUUUGUUAGGAAAUGAUUUUGAUAAGAACGAUCAAGAAUUGACAUCCAUUGUGGACACUUUGGAUAAUAAAUAUUUAAAAAAAAUAUGUCAGAUAGUUGGCGAUUUGGGUGAAGAAAAGGGAACUUCCUGGGUUAAGACUUGGUGUACUAAAUAUAAUGAUAUAUAA